AUGAACAGCCUGAUCCUUUCCCACAUAAGAACUAAUCCGGUGCGGAUAGCACCGAGUCCUGCUCCUCAACCUCCUAACGUGCAGCGGUCUCGUCUCCGCCGCUUCAUCGGCUUCACCUCUAUCGCCAUCUUCGCCUUCGCCGCCGGGCUAACGUACCAAACCCAACAAACCCUCUCACGCAUCAUGGCCACCCCAACCGAAGAGGAGACCCUGACUGCAUUCAUUGCCACCGACCCCACGAUUGUGACGAUCGAGAACACAAUCCGCACCCACCCCGUCGCCGAGGCCCUCCGGGCAAACCCCGAAUUCACCGAAUCACGGCCACACCUCACCAUCCCGGAGCCUAUGCGGGAACGCAACCUGACAGCCGGAACGCUCGCUGGGCCCGGGAAGAUUGUCGUGCCGCCAUAUGUAUUCAGUGAGCGCGGGGGCAAAACCAUGGUCUCACUUAUGUACCUGGGCGGUGAUGUCUGCGGUCACCAGGGGAUUAUUCACGGCGGUCUACUGGCUACGUUAUUGGAUGAGGGUCUGGCGCGUUGUUGUUUCCCGGCUCUGCCGAACAAGGUUGGUGUUACGGCUAAUUUGAAUAUUGAUUACCGGGCUCCGGCUAUGGCGAAUCAAUAUGUUGCCCUCCGUGCGGAGACGGUCAAGGUCGAGGGUCGCAAGGCGUGGGUGGAAGGUCGAAUUGAGACUCUGCCGAGGGAUGGAACAGAGCCUGUGGUUUUGGUGGAGGCGAAGGCACUGUUCAUUGAGCCUCGGCAAGCUGCUGCGCUUUCGAGUCUUUACAAAGUGGCGUGA